CUCAGGUGAUCUGCCCACCUUGGCCUCCCAAAGUGCUGGGAUUACAGGCGAGAGCCACCGCACCCGUUCCAUUUUGUUGUCUUCCAUGGAUUGUUUUCAGCUGGGAAAAUUUCCUGAUUGCCUUAAAUCACCUGAAACGUAGUUGUUUAGCAAGCUGUGUCCACUCACAUGUGUUUUGCUGGGCCUGUUUGUAUGAUUCUUUUUUUGUCUCUGUAAUUAAACUUUUUUUUUAGAUAAUUGUAGAUUACAUGCAGUUGUAACAAAUAAUAAGAGAGAUGCUAUAAUAUGUGCCCUUUACCCCGUUUCCGCUAGUAGACAUCUUGCAAAACUAUGGGAUAAUAUCACAACCAGGAAAUGGACAUUGAUACAGUCAAGCCACCAAGCACUUCCAUCCCAGGGACUCCUCAUGUUGACCUUUUAUAGCCACAUCACUUCCUACCCCGUGCCACCCCAACCCCAAAAUCACUCACCUGCUCUAUACUUCUAUAAUUUUGCCAUCUCAAGAAUCUUGUAUAAAAGCAAGUAUACAGUAUGUAACUUUUUGUGCUUUUGUGGUGUUUGUUUUCCACUCAGUAUAAUUCCCUGGAGCUUCAUCCAAGAUGGAUGUAUUAGCAGUUCAUUUCUUUUUGUUGCUGAAUAAUAUUCCAUGGCAUAGAUGUGCCACAGUAUUUAAUCAUCACCCAUGAAGGACCUCUGUGCUGUUUCCAGUUUGGGCCUAUUUGAUAAAGCUGCUAUGAAUAUUUUAUGUACAGGUGUUUGUGGGAACAUCACUUUUCAUUUCUCUAGGAUAAAUGUCCAAGAGUGAGAUUUACCUGCCUGGCAAGACAUACGUAUAUGUGUGUAUAUGUGCCAAAUUUCAUAUAUACAUAUGUGUGUGCAUGUAUGGGUAUGUGUGCCAUAUUUUAUAUAUAUAUAUAUGGUUGUUUAUGCAUAAAAUUUCCCUGGAUGUUUACUCAAGUGGGAAACAUUGCCUAUAGGGAAGAGUAUUAGGUGAUGGCGAGCGAGAGGAGUCACUUUCACUUGGAACCCUUUUGAGCCUAAGUUUCAACCAUCUGGAUUACCUGUUGGAAAACAAAUCAAUCUUGUGCAACUCAGAAGACACCCACAGACUUCCUCACAAAUACCCACUCUGAGGCUGCCUUUUCCGCACAAGUCUGUUUUUUGUUUCUUCAAAGGGAGCCCGUUGGAAUUCCCCUCCCGCAGCACCUGGUUCCACACAGGGCCGACCCUCACCCCCUUAGUUCUGGGAUCUCCAGAGAUUUCCCCCAGCACACACAUUCCCUGCUCUAGGGCCCUCAGGCUUUGAGGGUGACCCCAAACACCCUGCAUCACCAACCAAAAGCCCCAUGAUCCCUGAGGGGCAGGCUCAGCCUAUGCGGGCCUCGCUAAAGCCCAGUGCGUUGUCUAUGCCCAACCCAGGGGCCGCCGCCUCCAAAAAGCCUUCCGAGCCUUUCUGACAUUUAUCCUCUCCUUCCUGGUCACCCAGUGGCAUCGUUGUGUGUCUUCUUGGUUACAGUAAGCAUCCACUUCCUGCACUCCUUACACAGCCGGCCGGUGCACCCUCACCCCACCCUUUCAUGGCCUCCCGCUAGGCUGGGCCUUCUCUGCAAGGCUAGAUUCAUAUUUUAGCGACACCAAGCAGUCAGGUGCCUGCUGACGCAUGCCUUCAUGCAAUUCACGACAAAGACAGCUAAAAGCCACAGAGCACAGCGCGGAAUCUAAGGCCUUCCAUUGGUGUGCGGGUGGAUUCCGCGGUGCUGAACUUUCUUUUGUGGGUGUGGGGGCUGUGGAAGGGGUUGUGCUCUGGCAGCGUUGGCGCCCUAAAUGACCUAUGGGUAACCUCUAAUGGCUUCCGCAGGGGGUGCAGUGCGGAGGACAAGAGCUUGGGGCUCUCUGGCUGAGUGAUCUGGGGGCCAUUCAACCGGUUUUUUCCUGGAGAAAUGGGGAUCUUAAGGCCUCUGUGGAAAGGGUGUGAUGGGGUCGAGGGGGAGCGGGCCCCGGGGCCUUCAGCGCUUCAGCAGGUGGCUUCCCUUUGCGAGCCCGGGGUCCCUUUUCUGGGAAGCAUGGGCUGGGACAAGGCAGGCGCCGGUUUUCUGCAUCUGAAAUGUCCUGGGGCAUGUGUCCCUUCCUUGCUGACCGUGGGUCCGGGCCUGAGCGCAAGGUCCAGAGCCGGCGGCUUGGUUCCACCGCCAGGGGCACAGACCAGGGCGAGAUGCGUGCUGCGGGGCGCCCGGGGGCUCCCCCUUGGGCCUUCUAGGGUCUAGGGGUCCCCGCGGGCGCGCCCCAAGCCCUCUCCCUCAGCUCCGGGGGCCCGGGCGCGCGCCCAUCCCCCAGCUUCGCGUCCCUGCGCGAAGGCCGGGCUGGGGGUGGGUCGCCGCGAGCUCGGCCCCCAGAGUUCCCGCGCUCGGGCCCAGGAAGCUGCCGCCGCCGGCGGCCCUCGCCCCGCCCCCGCGCUCAUCACCUGCUGGCCUGGCGCGCGCGGGCGGGAGCGGAGGGCAACUGCGCGGCGCGGGCGGCCGGGCGCAGGGUCGCGGGAGGUGACGCGCGGCGAGGAUGGCGGCGCGGGGCCGGGGACUGCUGCUGCUGACGCUGUCGGUGCUGCUGGCGGUGGGCCCCUCCGCCGCUGCGGCCAAGCUCAACAUCCCCAAAGUGCUGCUGCCCUUCACGCGGGCCACGCGCGUUAACUUCACGCUGGAGGCCUCGGAGGGCUGCUACCGCUGGUUGUCCACCCGGCCGGAAGUGGCCAGCAUCGAGCCUCUGGGCCUGGACGAGCAGCAGUGUUCCCAGAAGGCGGUGGUGCAGGCCCGCCUGACCCAGCCUGCCCGCCUCACCAGCAUCCUCUUCGCAGAGGACAUCACCACAGGCCAGGUCCUGCGCUGUGAUGCCAUUGUGGACCUCAUCCAUGACAUCCAGAUCGUCUCUACCACCCGUGAGCUCUACCUGGAGGACUCUCCCCUGGAGCUGAAGAUCCAGGCCCUGGACUCCGAAGGGAACACCUUCAGCACUCUGGCUGGACUGGUCUUCGAGUGGACAAUUGUGAAGGACUCCGAGGCGGACAGGUUCUCAGACUCCCACAAUGCACUGCGAAUCCUCACUUUCUUGGAGUCUACGUACAUCCCUCCUUCUUACAUCUCAGAGAUGGAGAAGGCUGCCAAGCAAGGGGACACCAUCCUGGUGUCUGGGAUGAAGACCGGGAGCUCCAAGCUCAAGGCUCGCAUCCAGGAGGCUGUCUACAAGAAUGUACGCCCUGCAGAAGUCAGGCUGCUGAUUUUGGAGAACAUCCUUCUGAACCCGGCUUAUGACAUCUACCUGAUGGUGGGAACCUCCAUUCACUACAAGGUGCAGAAGAUCAGGCAAGGGAAAAUUACAGAACUCUCCAUGCCUUCCGAUCAGUACGAGUUGCAGCUUCAGAACAGCAUCCCAGGCCCUGAAGGAGACCCAGCCCGGCCAGUGGCUGUCUUGGCCCAGGACACAUCGAUGGUCACUGCACUGCAGCUGGGACAGAGCAGCCUCGUCCUUGGCCACCGGAGUAUUCGCAUGCAAGGUGCUUCUAGGUUACCCAACAGCACCAUCUACGUGGUCGAACCUGGAUACCUGGGGUUCACCGUUCACCCUGGUGACAGGUGGGUGCUGGAGACCGGCCGCCUGUAUGAAAUCACCAUCGAAGUUUUUGACAAGUUCAGCAACAAGGUCUACGUAUCUGACAACAUCCGAAUUGAAACUGUGCUUCCUGCUGAGUUCUUUGAGGUGCUCUCGUCCUCCCAGAAUGGGUCGUACCAUCGCGUCAGGGCACUAAAGAGGGGACAGACGGCCAUCGAUGCGGCCCUCACCUCUGUGGUGGACCAGGAUGGAGGGGUCCACAUACUACAGGUGCCUGUGUGGAACCAGCAGGAGGUGGAAAUUCACAUUCCCAUCACCCUGUAUCCCAGCAUCUUGACAUUUCCGUGGCAACCAAAGACGGGCACCUAUCAGUACACAAUAAAGGCCCACGGUGGCAGUGGGAACUUCAGCUGGUCUUCGUCAAGCUACCUGGUUGCCACGGUUACUGUCAAGGGCGUGAUGACCACAGGCAGUGACAUCGGGCUCAGUGUGAUCCAGGCACAUGAUGUGCAGAACCCACUCCAUUUCGGUGAGAUGAAGGUGUAUGUGAUCGAGCCCCACAGCAUGGAGUUUGCCCCGUGCCAGGUGGAGGCACGUGUGGGCCAGGCCCUGGAGCUGCCCCUGAGGAUCAGUGGCCUCAUGCCCGGCGGGGCCAGCGAGGUGGUCACCUUGAGCGACUGCUCCCACUUUGACUUGGCUGUCGAGGUGGAGAACCAGGGUGUGUUCCAGCCACUCCCAGGGAGGCUGCCACCAGGCUCUGAGCACUGCAGCGGCGUCCGGGUAAAGGCCAAGGCCCAGGGCUCUACCACGUUUCUUGUGAGCUACAGACAUGGCCACGUCCACCUGAGUGCCAAGAUCACCAUUGCUGCCUACCUGCCCCUCAAGGCUGUGGAUCCCUCCUCUGUUGCCUUGGUAACCCUGGGCUCCUCAAAGGAGAUGCUGUUUGAAGGAGGUCCCAGACCUUGGAUCCUGGAACCGUCCAAAUUCUUCCAGAAUGUCACCGCUGAGGACACUGACAGCAUCAGCCUGGCUCUCUUUGCCCCCCAUUCCUCCCGGAAUUAUCAGCAACACUGGAUCCUUGUGACUUGUCAGGCUUUGGGUGAGCAGGUCAUCGCCCUGUCGGUGGGGAACAAGCCCAGCCUCACCAACCCCUUCCCUGCAGUGGAGCCUGCCGUGGUGAAGUUCGUCUGCGCCCCACCAUCCAGGCUCACCCUCGCGCCUGUCUACACCAGCCCCCAGCUGGACGUGUCCUGUCCGCUGCUGCAGCAGAACAAGCAGGUGGUCCCAGUGUCCAGCCACCGCAACCCCCUGCUGGACCUGGCUGCUUACGACCAGGAGGGCCGCCGGUUCGACAACUUCAGCUCUCUGAGCAUCCAAUGGGAGUCCACCAGGCCACUGUUAGCCAGCAUCGAGCCUGAGCUGCCCAUGCAGCUGGUGUCCCAGGACGAUGAGAGUGGCCAAAAGAAGCUGCACGGUUUGCAGGCCAUUUUGGUUCACGAGGCAUCAGGAACCACAGCCAUCACUGCCACUGCCACUGGCUACCAGGAGUCCCACCUCAGCUCUGCCAGAAUAAAGCAGCCGCAUGACCCUCUGGUGCCUCUGUCGGCCUCCAUAGAGCUCAUCCUGGUGGAGGACGUGAGGGUGAGCCCAGAAGAGGUGACCAUCUACAACCACCCUGGCAUCCAGGCAGAGCUCCACAUCAGGGAAGGCUCAGGUUACUUCUUCCUCAACACCAGCACCUCAGAUGUUGUCAAGGUGGCCUACCAGGAGGCCAGGGGUGUCGCCAUGGUGCACCCUUUGCUCCCGGGCUCAUCCACCAUCAUGAUCCAUGACUUGUGCCUCGUCUUCCCGGCCCCAGCCAAGGCUGUCGUUUACGUGUCGGACAUUCAGGAGCUGUACAUCCGUGUGGUUGACAAGGUGGAGAUUGGGAAGACAGUGAAGGCAUACGUCCGCGUGCUGGACUUGCACAAGAAGCCCUUCCUGGCCAAAUACUUCCCCUUCAUGGACCUGAAGCUUCGAGCAGCCUCCCCGAUCAUUACAUUGGUGGCCCUUGAUGAAGCCCUUGACAACUACACCAUCACAUUCCUCAUCCGCGGCGUGGCCAUCGGCCAGACCAGUCUAACUGCAAGUGUGACCAGUAAAGCUGGACAGAGAAUCAACUCAGCCCCACGACAGAUUGAAGUCUUUCCUCCAUUCAGGCUGAUGCCCAGGAAGGUGACACUGCUUAUCGGGGCCACGAUGCAGGUCACCUCCGAGGGCGGCCCCCAGCCUCAGUCCAACAUCCUUUUCUCCAUCAGCAAUGAGAGCGUUGCUCUGGUGAGUGCUGCCGGGCUGGUACAAGGCCUCGCCGUCGGGAACAGCACUGUGUCUGGGCUCGUGCAGGCAGUGGAUGCAGAGACCGGCAAGGUGGUCAUCAUCUCUCAGGACCUCGUGCAGGUGGAGGUGCUGCUGCUACGGGCAGUGAGGAUCCGCGCCCCCAUCAUGCGGAUGAGGACGGGCACCCAGAUGCCCAUCUAUGUCACCGGCAUCACCAACCACCAGAACCCUUUCUCCUUUGGCAAUGCUGUGCCAGGCCUGACCUUCCACUGGUCUGUCACCAAGCGGGACGUCCUGGACCUCCGAGGGCGGCACCACGAGGCGUCGAUCCGACUCCCGUCACAGUACAACUUUGCCAUGAACGUGCUUGGCCGGGUGAGAGGCCGGACCGGGCUGAGGGUGGUGGUCAAGGCUGUGGACCCCACAUCGGGGCAGCUGUAUGGCCUGGCCAGAGAACUCUCGGAUGAGAUCCAAAUCCAGGUGUUUGAGAAGCUGCAGCUGCUCAACCCUGAAAUAGAAGCAGAACAAAUAUUAAUGUCGCCCAACUCAUAUAUAAAGCUGCAGACAAACAGGGAUGGUGCAGCCUCUCUGAGCUACCGCGUCCUGGAUGGACCUGAAAAGGUUCCAGUUGUGCAUGUUGAUGAGAAAGGCUUUCUAGCAUCAGGGUCUAUGAUCGGGACAUCCACCAUCGAAGUGAUUGCACAAGAGCCCUUUGGGGCCAACCAAACCAUCAUUGUUGCUGUAAAGGUAUCCCCUGUUUCCUACCUGAGGGUUUCCAUGAGCCCUGUCCUGCACACCCAGAACAAGGAGGCCCUGGUAGCCGUGCCUUUGGGAAUGACCGUGACCUUCACUGUCCACUUCCACGACAACUCUGGAGAUGUCUUCCAUGCUCACAAUUCGGUCCUCAACUUUGCCACUAACAGAGACGACUUUGUGCAAGUCGGGAAGGGCCCCACCAACAACACCUGCGUUGUCCGCACAGUCAGCGUGGGCCUGACACUGCUCCGUGUGUGGGACGCAGAGCACCCGGGCCUCUCGGACUUCGUGCCCCUGCCUGUCCUACAGGCCAUCUCCCCAGAGCUGUCCGGGGCCGUGGUGGUGGGGGACGUGCUCUGUCUGGCCACUGUUCUGACCAGCCUGGAAGGCCUCUCGGGAACUUGGAGCUCCUCAGCCAACAGCAUCCUCCACAUCGACCCCAAGAUGGGUGUGGCUAUAGCCCGGGCCGUGGGAUCUGUGACGGUUUACUACGAGGUCGCUGGGCACCUGAGGACCUACAAGGAGGUCAUGGUCGGCAUCCCUCAGAGGAUCAUGGCCCGUCACCUCUACCCCAUCCAGACCAGCUUCCAGGAGGCUACAGCCUCCAAAGUGAUUGUUGCCGUGGGAGACAGAAGCUCUAACCUGAGAGGCGAGUGCACCUCCACCCAGAGGGAAGUCAUCCAGGCCUUGCACCCAGAGACCCUCAUCAGCUGCCAGUCCCAGUUCAAGCCAGCCGUCUUUGAUUUCCCAUCUCAAGAUGUGUUCACUGUGGAGCCACAGUUUGAUGCUGCUCUGGGCCAGUAUUUCUGCUCAAUCACAAUGCACAGGCUGACGGACAAGCAGCGGAAGCACCUGAGCAUGAAGAAGACAGCUCUGGUGGUCACUGCCUCCCUCUCCAGCAGCCACUUCUCCACAGAGCAGGUGGGGGCUGAGGUGCCCUUCAGCCCAGGUCUCUUCGCCGACCAGGCUGAAAUCCUUUUGAGCAACCACUACACCAGCUCCGAGGUCAGGGUCUUUGGUGCCCCAGAGGUUCUGGAGAACUUGGAGGUGAAAUCCGGGUCCCCAGCCGUGCUGGCAUUUGCAAAGGAGAAGUCUCUUGGGUGGCCCAGCUUCAUCACAUACACAGUUGGCAUCUCGGACCCCGCGGCUGGCAGCCAGGGGCCUCUGUCCACUACCCUGACCUUCUCCAGCUCCGUGACCAGCCAAGCCAUUGCCAUCCCAGUGACAGUGGCUUUUGUGAUGGAUCGCCGUGGGCCCGGUCCUUAUGGAGCCAGCCUCUUUCAGCACUUCCUGGAUUCCUACCAGGUCAUGUUCUUCACGCUCUUUGCCCUGUUGGCUGGGACAGCGGUCAUGAUUAUAGCCUACCACGCUGUCUGCACGCCCCGGGAUCUUGCUGUGCCUGCAGCCCUCACGCCUCGAGCCAGCCCUGGGCACAGCCCCCACUAUUUCGCUGCCUCAUCACCCACAUCUCCCAAUGCACUGCCUCCUGCUCGCAAAGCCAGCCCUCCCUCAGGGCUGUGGAGCCCAGCCUAUGCCUCCCACUAGGCCACGUGAAGGUUCCCGGACGAUGGGUCUCAGCCGAGCCUCGUGCGCCCCCAAGAUGGGACAUCCCUGCUGCAUUCACACUGGAACAAGCCCCUCCAGACAAGUGCCCCAGCCCCAGGCCAGCUUCACUGCCGUCUCUGUUCACACAGAGCCGUAGUUUCAGCUCUGCCCAUUAGCUCAUUCUCUUAUGUAGGAGUUUUAAAUGUGUGGUUUUUUUCCUUUCCAGUCUUACCAAGCUAAGACUUUUUGGCUCAUUCCUUUUUGCAUGGUUGUCUAGGGUUUCUGGACAAUGUGCUGUUGCAUUUUUAUUUUCCUAGCCUUGCUAAAAUCUCUCCCUUCUCAAGACUUCGAGCAGUUAGAAGUGCUCUUUAGAAGUUGUCUGUAGGUGAUGCUACUGUAGUGGUCUCAGGGAAAGGAUUGUCCAGUUACUUUAGGGGGUUUUUUGGUGGGGUUUUUCCCCCUGUGAAAACUUACUUUUCCCCUAGUCUGGCUGCUGCUAGGACUUUUGGGGAGCAAUGGGACGUGAGUGUCCCUGUAUCUGCCCCACUGCCGCAAGGGAAGCCUCAGGAACCAGCACCUGGAGGCCAGGAUAGCCAAGCGCUGGGUGAGCGAGAGGCUGGAGAACAAGGGAGCUCCCCCAGGGCUGCUGCCCGACCACGGGCCACUGUGAACAGACUUCAGUCCUCUGUUUUUGUUUCAUAAGCUGUUGAGACAUCUGGUGGACUUGGCUUAGGCCCUGCUGGGACAUCCCAAGUGUGAUCCCUUUCAGUCCAUCAGGACACCAGGACUGUCCUUAGGAAAAUGUCCUUGAGAUGGCAGCAGGAGUCGUAUUUUCUGUGUGUGUGUGUUUCGGAAAGCCGCUGUGUCCUGCCUCAGCACAAAGACCCAGUGUCAUUUGCUCCUCCUGUUCCUGUGCCACUCCAGAACCUCAGCAGAUCUGAGCCACCGCCUGCCAGUGUGAGAGGCGGCCACUUUCAUGGCAGCUCAUCAGGCGCAGGGCCCCAGGCAGCUUCCCAGCAGGCCCUAGAGCCCGGCCUGGGCCAAAGAUGGAGGGCAGCCACCAGCCCAGGGCCUGCCCAUCCAGAAGGGACUCCCCAGGGGCUGGGGGAGGAGACCCUUGGAAAAGUCUUCUCUUCCCAGCUCCUAAUUCUGGAUCUGAGAUUCUCAGAUCACAGGCCCCUGUGCUCCAGGCUGAGGCUGGGCCACCCUCAGGGAGAUCCAGAGACUCAUGCCCAUGGCCAUCCAUGCAUGGACGCUGUGUGGAGAGUCCAGGAUGAUAAGAUCCCGCACAAGCUCCCUUCAGUCCUUCAGGGCUGGGCCAUGUGGUUGAUUUUUCUAAAGCUGGAGAAAGGAAGAAUUGUGCCUUGCAUAUUACUUGAGCUCAAACUGACAACCUGGAUGUAAAUAGGAGCCUUUCUACUUGGUUUAUUUAAUAAAGCUCUAUGUGGUUUUUUAA